UGGGAAUGCUCCCCUUUCUGUCUGAUAAACCAAUGACACACUUUACCUCCCUGGUCUCCACCUACAGGGCAGGACGCAGCAUUGAGGAAGUUGUGCUGCUGUGCCAAUCUCACAACUCCAGACUUUUGCAGAUGCAAAGAUGGGCUCUCUUUUCCGAGGGGAGGAGAUGUGCCUGGCUCAGCUAUUUCUUCAGUCUGGUUGUGAAUACCAAUGUGUAAGCGAGCUGGGUGAGCUUGGCUUGGUAGAGUUUCGAGAUCUCAAUCAGAAUGUUAACGCUUUCCAGCGUCGCUAUGUGUCAGAGAUCAGACGUUGUGAUGACAUGGAGACGACUUUUGGGUACCUAGAACAGGAACUGCGCAAAGCUGGCAUGAAGAUACCGGUUUCCUCAGCAUCUCCACCUGCCCCUUUACCCAAAGAUGCACUGAGAAUACAAGAGGAAUCUGAGCAACUGGCCAAAGAGCUAAGAGAGGUCUCGGGCAACAGACAGACUCUGCGGGAACGUCUGCGUGAGCUGCGAGAGUUUGCCAAUAUACUACGAGAAAGUCAGAGGUUCACAGGGCCACUGCCAGAGUCUGAGUCAUGGAGAGAACGAGCUGAUACUGACCCUUUAAUUGACCCUACAAUAGCCUCCAGACAUGACCUCCGAGUUAGUUUUAUGGCAGGGGUCAUUCACCCAUGGCGAAUGAAUUCCUUUGAACGUCUGUUAUGGCGAGCCUGCCGAGGAUACCUUAUUGUGAACUUUGUGGAGAUGUCUGAACCUAUGGAGGACCUUGUAACAGGGGAGAGUGUAACACAGAUUAUAUUCUUAAUUUCCUACUGGGGGGAAAGAAUAGGAGAGAAGAUUAAAAAAAUUGCAAACUGUUUUCACUGUCACAUUUAUCCCUACGCAGAAGACGAAACAGCCAGGCUUGAAACACUGAAAGAUCUCUUGGUGCGGAUCCAAGACAUGCAAAAGGUGCUGUCCCAAACUGAGGGGUUCCUGACGCAAGUGCUGAAUCGAGCUGCUUUAGCCUUGCAUCCCUGGAGAGUCUGUGUGAGGAAAAUGAAGCAUAUCUAUCAGAUUCUGAACUUAUGCAGUGUGCGGGAACGAUGCCUGAUAGGUGAAGUGUGGUGUCCAGUGUCCGAUCUGCCCAUGCUCCAGGGAGCAUUGGCUCAAGCAUCGGUGCACAGUGGCGGGGGUGGAGAAUCAUUUUGUCAACGGAUUCCCUGUUCUGUCAGUCCUCCUACUUUAAUUCGCACCAACAAGUUCACUUCUGGAUUUCAAGGAAUUGUGGAUGCGUACGGCGUAGCCAGUUACCAAGAAGUUAACCCUGCCCUCUACACAAUUAUAACAUUCCCAUUCCUGUUUGCGGUGAUGUUUGGAGAUGUAGGCCAUGGACUUCUCAUGUCCCUAUUUGCUCUUUGGUUGGUUCUUGGUGAGGACAACCCAAAACUUAAAAACUCAGAGAAUGAGAUUUUUUCCAUGUGCUUUGGUGGUCGUUACCUGGUCCUAUUGAUGGGACUGUUAUCUGUAUACACAGGUUUUGUGUACAAUGAGUGUUUCAGCCGAGCAACUGUGAUUUUUCCAUCAGGCUGGAGUGUUGCUGCAAUGGCAAAAGAAAAGAACUGGACACGUGCGUUCUUGUCUACAUCCACGCCUGCUCCACUAGAUCCCAACAUUACCAAUGUCUUCACAGCAGUAUACCCUUUUGGCAUUGAUCCGAUCUGGAGUCUUGCCUCAAACCGCCUCACUUUUUUAAACUCCUUUAAAAUGAAAAUGUCUGUCAUUUUGGGGGUUUGUCACAUGUCCUUUGGAGUCUGUUUAAGCAUCUUCAACUACAUUCACUUCAAACAGAAGUAUCGCAUUUUUGUGGUGUCUGUGCCUGAGCUCCUGUUCCUCCUCUGCCUCUUUGGGUAUUUGGUAUUCAUGAUUUUCUACAAAUGGUUUGCCUUUGAUAUAACAGAGGCUCAGAGUGCACCGAGUCUUCUCAUUCAUUUUAUUGACAUGUUCCUGUUCACCAAGAAUGAAACCAACAGAGAUCUAUACCAUGGACAACAAAUUGUUCAGAUGGUGCUGGUGGUUAUAGCUCUACUGUGUGUUCCAGUUCUUCUCCUGGGAGACCCAAUCUGUCUCUAUAUUCAACACCGCAAAAAGAAAAACAACCAGAGGCAUGGGGGACAGGAUGUUGAAAGAAGGGGCCUACUGGCAGGAGAUGAUGAGCAGUAUAUAGGACAUUCAGAACAUGAGCAGGAAAAAGGGACACAUGAUGGCAAAAAGUUUGAUGCAGGGGAGGUUUUUAUGCAUCAGAUGAUUCAUACCAUAGAGUACUGCCUGGGGUGCAUCUCCAAUACAGCAUCCUACCUACGACUGUGGGCACUCAGCCUGGCUCAUGCACAGUUGUCCGAAGUUCUGUGGAAUAUGGUGAUGAAUAUUGGAUUGUCUGUGUUAACCUUCAAGGGGAGUGUCCUUCUUGUACCCAUCUUUGCCUUUUUUGCUGUGCUGACUGUUGCCAUCUUGCUGGUCAUGGAAGGCCUCUCAGCAUUUCUUCAUGCGCUCCGUCUGCAUUGGGUGGAGUUCCAGAACAAAUUCUACACUGGCAGUGGGUACAAGUUUACUCCGUUCUGCUUUGAGAUGCUCUUCUAAGACUUCCAAAGACUCUAUACACUUCUGACCAAAGGGAAUUAGUGAAUUGGGGAAUUCUUCUAUGUAGUCUGCUGCGCAAAAUAAACUUAUUUUAAGCAUUGCA